UAAUUAUAUAUUAUGGUAUUAAUGUUUUGUCUUAUUACGAGUAGGGGAAUCCAUCUAUUUAUUUCACCUCUAGGCUGCAUGCAAGGUUCACUUAGCUAUCAAUGAUUAAAAGAGAUUUUUUUUUUCCAAAAAAUUUCGUGCCAAAUAUAGUAACUUCACUUGUACAUAAGGUUUUGACUUCGAUCUACAUUUCAUCAGGUAACAUAACAGAAGAUUGUGAGACUAAAAAUUGAUUUCGUGAAGGAAUUCGGAGAAAUAUAGUAUGCCGGAAAAUAGAAAGAAGUACAAGGGAGAAACGUCAUCUGAAAAAGUUGUGUCAUGUCAUGACUUGAACAGAAAGCCAAGGUUUAGAUGGACAGUGGAACUCCAUGAGCUCUUUGUUAAAGCUGUGAAUGAGUUAGGAGGUCCUUAUGAAGCAACACCGAAGAAUAUAGUGAAACUUAUGGAUGAUGAAGAUAUCACACCAGACCAUAUCAAAAGCCAUCUCCAGAAGUACAGACAGAGUAAAGACAUCAUGAGCACCACUAGAAGUACUAGUAAAGGCAAGUUGCUACUAUAACUAA